AUGCAAGCAACUUCCAGACCCACUCGAAGCAAGUCAGAAAGCCGCUGGGGGUCUCAGAAGGAGGAGGCCAGGCGACAACAAGAUCCUAUUAUCAUGGGACCAACUCCUUUCCACCCCUCAAUCCUCAAGGUCCGGCUCCCGAGAAACUUCGACAAGCCGACGGACAUGAGGUACGAUGGGACCAAGGACCCCCAGGAGCAUGUCACAGCCUUUGAAGCAAGGAUGAACUUGGAAGGGGUAGGCGACGCGGUUAGAUGCCGAGCAUUCCCCGUAACAUUGGCUGGACCAGCAAUCAGAUGGUUCAACGCCCUCCCGCAGGAGUCCAUAACAACUUUUACAGACAUAUCUCGAAGCUUUCUGGCUCGGUUCACGACACGCAUAGCCAAGGCAAAACACCCAAUCAACUUACUGGGGGUCACCCAAAAACCCGGGGAGCCAACUAGGAAGUUCCUAGAUAGGUUCAACGGCGAGUGUUUGGAGAUCGACGGCCUCACGAACUCAGUUGCUAGUCUAUGCCUAACAAACGACCUACUAAACGAAGACUUUAGGAAGCACCUCACAACCAAGCCCGUGUGGACCAUGCAGGAAAUUCAAAGCAUGGCCAAGGAAUACAUCAACGAUGAAGAAGUCAGUCAGGUUGUAGCAGCCAACAAACGUCAGCUCCCUAGCUCGACAGCCUGA